AGAACAUCGUUCUUUAAAAGGUUACGACGGUUUGAAGACAUCACGAUACGAAUCCGUGGAUCGGCUUUUUCAAGAAGUAACGAGCGUUUACAGAGAUUCCGAAAUCGAUUGGAUGCUAGUGUACAAUGCAGGUUGCACUAUAGAUGAUACAGUUCUACCCGAGCAUGUGACAGAACCCAACGAUCUCGAUCGCUUGAUUAAUGGAACAUUCAGAUUGUUUUUAGCAGCUCUUCCUACGCCUCCAACAAUCGUCACCAUAGCCAGAUCUAGUGAGGAUGAUUAUACUCCUCUUGAAAAUGUUGACCAAAUUCAAGUUGACGUUCUCGACCAACUUCGUGAACGACUGGGAUCGGAAAUAGAUAUCAAACUGACUUAUCAAGACGAAGAACAACUGUAAUUUUAAAAAAAGUAAUCUUUUAUAUUCUUUCCUUUUAUCCUUUGUCCUUUUUAUGGUUUGUCAAAUAAAAUAAUAAGUAUAAUAAUUAUAUCUAUUUUGUGUGUAAUUUCACUUGUACGCAUAACUGCGUG